UAUUCUAUGUUCUUCAUCUCAAUCUGGGUUAAAUUUAUUAAUUAUAAUUGAUAAAUACAUGUGUAAUAAAAAAAAUUUAAAAAAGCCACGUGGAAUUGAUGAUUGUGCAAAAUUUCAGGCACAUAAGGACAUAACACGAGUAUGGACUUAUUUAGAUUAAAAAACAAUUUCCAGGGAUCCCAAAUCAGAAAAAAAAAAUUCAGGGACUUAUUUUCACAUGCCAUACAAUUUCAGGGACCUCUAACAUAUUUAAACCUUAUUUUUUUUAAACAACUUACUUCUUUCAUUGAUAUUUUUUUUUUCCAAGGUGUUCCCACAAUCGACAGCAAUACGACUAAUACUUAAGACUAUAAGAUCCCUUUAAGUAAGUAGGUCUCUCCAAAAAAAAUGCUUCUCCAUACACACACUCAGAAAUCAAAAUAUAAAACUAUAGACUAAAUGUUCAUUGAUCAUUCAUGUUUUGGCCUCCGUGCCUCUUCGGUAAACUUGAUUACUAUAAAAAAAAAAAAAAAGAUGACAAACGACGUGUCGUUCGAAGCCCAGAGUAGAGAAAGGCUCGGCUUGGCUAGCCGAAAGAAGCUCACGCCAAAUAAAAUCUGAGAUAUCUUUCCACGAUGUGGCACGCUUCAUCACCUUAUCCAACCCUUUUGAGUCCAAACUCCAAACCAAAACCCUGCAACUCAACACAACACCCCAAACCCUGUUAUCCAUGGUCUCAAAACCGAUACCAAAAUCCACCAAUCAAUCAAAUUAAUCCACCUUCUUCAACCAACAUUCUUCAAUUCUCACCACAUCUAAUGGAGCUCUCUUCCUCCUUCUUACUCUCCCCAAAACCAUGCUCAUCCCCAUCCUCUAACUACUCCUUCUCAUCUUCCAUCUCUCCAUUUCCAAUUCAAAUCCUCAUCAAAAACCCCCAAUCUCGAAACCCUAGCUUCCGCAUUCUCGCGGUGGCCGUAGACCCGACGAAGGAACUCUCCAAGAACAGCCCUCAGCGCCUUCUCAAGGAGCUCGCGGAACGGAAGAAAAUCACUUCACCGAAGAAGGGACCACCGCGAAGAUUCAUCUUGAGACCACCAUUAGAUGACAAGAAAUUAGCAGAAAGAUUCCUCAACAGCCCGCAGCUUUCUCUCAAAUCGUUCCCUCUGUUGAGUUCUUGCUUACCCUCCACGCGCCUCAACAAUGCAGACAAGUUGUGGAUUGAUGAGUACUUGCUUGAAGCUAAGCAAGCUCUCGGGUACUCGCUCGAGCCAUCGGAGACGCUCGGGGAUGAUAAUCCGGCGAAGCAGUUUGAUACUUUGCUGUACUUGGCGUUUCAGCAUCCUUCUUGUGAGAGGACGAAGGCGAGGCACGUGAGGUCGGGGCAUUCGAGGUUGUUGUUUCUGGGGCAGCACGUGCUUGAAUUGGCGCUGUGUGAAUUCUUCUUGCAGAGGUAUCCGAGGGAGUCGCCGGGGCCGAUGAGGGAGAGAGUGUAUGGUUUGAUUGGGAAGAGGAGCUUGCCUAAGUGGAUUAAAGCUGCUAGCUUGCAGAAUUUGGUGUUUCCAUAUGAUGAUAUUGAUAAGAUGUUGAGGAAGGAUAAGGAGGGACCUAUAAAGUCGGUCUUUUGGGCUUUGUUUGGGGCAAUCUAUCUUUGUUUUGGUAUGCCAGAAGUGUACCGUGUUCUUUUUGAAGUCUUUGGAAUGGAUCCAGAUGCUGAGGAUUGCCAGCCUAGGUUGCGCAGACAACUUGAAGAUGUGGAUUAUGUAUCAACUGAGUUAGAAACCAAGCUCAGUUGGCAAGAUAUAGUUACAUAUAAGCCUCCUCCAGAUGCUCUGUUUGCACAUCCAAGACUGUUCAGAGCUUGUGUUCCCCCAGGCAUGCAUCGGUUCAGAGGAAAUAUCUGGGAUUUUGAUUGCAAACCCCAAGUUAUGAAAGCACUUGGAUAUCCAUUAGAAAUGACUGACAGGAUACAAGAAAUUACUGAAGCCAGGAACAUAGAGCUUGGACUCGGAUUGCAGCUUUGUUUCAUGCAUCCAUCAAAGUACAAAUUUGAGCAUCCUCGAUUUUGCUUCGAGAGAUUAGAAUAUGUUGGGCAAAAGAUACAGGAUUUGGUUAUGGCUGAGAGAUUAUUGAUGAAGCAUUUAGAUGCUCCGGGGAUGUGGCUACAAGAGAGACAUCGUCGCGUUCUUAUGAACAAACACUGUGGAAGAUAUUUGAGGGCCAAACAUCUCCACGGUUUUAUGAUAUAUCAUGAAACGGUUCAAGACUCUUAUGAGCGCAACAGGAGAAGGAGAAACCCAGCCUCAACAGCUGUUCACCAAGCUCUUCAUGGGCUUUCAUAUCUUGUAUAUGGGAAACGUGAUGUGAGACGUUUGAUGUUUGAAGUUUUUGACGUUGAGCAGACCCAACCUAAAGAAGUCUCAUAGUGUGUUUGGAUUGAUAGUGGUGCACAAUCCCAAGCAUGUUAAAACCAAAACUACACUAGCUUCUCUCCAGAAGUGAUUAUGGGCCUUCCUUCAGCAGAACCAAACACGCUAUGUAUUUGGAGGGGGAAAAAAAGUUAAAGCACUUUCGUUUUGCUUGUUCACCUCUUUCUUUUUUUCUUUUCUAUCUCCUUAAUCUAGGCUUUUCCAUAUUGUGUUAUGAGUUAUGACCCACCUAGUUGUAGGUGUUUUACGAAUUCUUUGGAAGUCGCUCUUGUAUAUAUUGAAUGAUUGUAUUUUAUCUUUUUAAACUUUGGCCCCUGACAAACCAAAGUGAAUGGAGAUGAGGUUACAUACGUGAACAUGUUUGAUUCUCCAUAUAGCACAGACAAUGGAGCAAAAGCAUCCUAACGAAUGAGUUGUGUAGCCAGUGUAGGUAUGAUUUUUGAGAA